AUGGAUAACACACUACUAGAAGUUGGGGCGCAGCAGUUAGCCCCAUGGCUGACCAUCUCGUUCGCAAUAUUCAUCGCCACUAGUGUUUUCCUCGUAUCAAUAUGGACCUGCGUUGUGAAAAGGCCGCCCUCGUCCCCACCAGCAGCUCGGCUGCCUCCAGGGCCAUGGGCGCUGCCUCUGGUCGGGAACCUGCACCAGAUGGCGCUUGGGUCGUCGCUCCCGCACCGGCGCCUGCGGGACCUGGCCAGGCAGUACGGCCCCGUGAUGCGCCUUCGGUUCGGGGAGGUCCCCAUUGUGGUCGUCUCCUCGGCAGAAUGGGCCCAGCUGUUCUUGCAGGCCCACGACGCCAGCUUCGCCGCCAGGCCGCUCCUGCCCGCCGCCAGCAUCGUGUUCUACGGCGGCCGCGACAUCGCGUUCGCGGCCUACGGCGAGUACUGGAGGAAGAUGAGGAAGGUUUGCGAUGUGGGGCUGCUGGGAACCGGGCGGGUGAAGUCGCUGCAUCCCGUCAUGGAGCAAGAGGUGUGCAAGUGGAUUCACGCAUCCAUCUCAAUCUCACGCACCGCUGCUGGUGAGCCCAUCAACCUGAGCCGAUCGCUGUUCGAUUUGGGGUGUUCCAUCAACUCGCGCCUGGUCCUGGGGAUGAGCUCUCUGGGGCAGGAGGAAGUUGGGGUGUUCUUCUCGCUUGCGAGCCAGCUGAUGAAGGCCAUGGGAGGGUUCGACCUCGUCGACCUGUUCCCUUCCAGCGAGUUGCUGCGGCGAAUCACGGGAGCCCACGGCGAGCUGAAGAAGCUUCACGCCGCGCUGGAUGCCAUCCUCGAAACCGUAAUCAACGACCACGUAACGAAAAGAUCAGCAGCCAAGAAUAUCGACGAUGAAGAAGAAGAUCUGGUUGAUUUUCUUCUGAAUCUCAAGGAGAACAACGAACAUCGCCAAUUACCCAUCACCAACUCUGACAUUAAAGCUGUCAUCUUGGACCUACUGAUGGCGGGAACUAGUCCGUGGAUCGCGGUGGUAGAAUGGGCAAUGUCAGAACUGAUGAAAAAUCCGAGAAUGAUGGAGAAAGCACAAAAGGAGGUGAGGCACAGGUUUGAUGGACAAGGAGAGAUCGUCGUAGUCGUAGAUGAAGCAUGCAUUAACGAGUUGCAGUAUCUACAGUUAGUCCUAACAGAGACGCUGAGGUUCCAUUCUCCGGGGCCUUUGAACCUUCCCAGGGAGAAUCAAGAGACGGUGGUGAUCAAUGGGUAUCAGAUACCGGCCAAGACCAAAGUUAUAUUCAACUCAUGGGCCAUGGGACGGGACCCCGACCACUGGACCAACCCGGAAUGUUUCGAUCCCGAAAGGUUCCUUCAUACCUCCACCGACUACAAGGGCCACCAUUUCGAUCUCAUCCCGUUUGGAGCCGGACGAAGAAUCUGCCCGGGCAUGCAUUUCGGGACUACCAUCGUCAAGCUCGUGCUCGCGAAUCUGCUCUAUCAUUUCGACUGGGAACUCCCAAAUCAGAUGAAGCCUCGAGAUUUGGACAUGUCGGAGCGGCUUGGCUUGGACUUGAGGAGGAAAAACGAUCUGGUCCUCGUUCCCAUCCCAUACCACCAUGGGUCGAUAGAGGUAGCUUAAUAAUUGGGUUACUGUGAUCGAUAUGGUCAUCGU